UUGGUCUUUGGUAGAGCUACAAAAUGGCAUCUGUGUUCUGUCAGGAAGAGUCCUUCACUUGCUCAGUCUGUUGUGAGCUGUUUAGGGAUCCAGUGGCGAUUCCAUGUGGACAUAAUUACUGUAGGAAGUGCAUCAAUGACUGGUGGGAUGAGGAGAAGAAGGACAAGAAAAAAAGAAAAUACAGCUGCCCCAAUUGCAAACACAUCUUUGACUCCAGGACUGUCCACAAAAACCCUCUAAUUGCCGAAAUGGUGGAGAAUUUUGGGAAGACCAGUAUCCAAGCUGCUGCUCCUGCUCACUGUUAUGCUGGACCUGGAGAUGUGUCCUGCGACGUCUGCACUGGGAGAAAACUCAAAGCUGUCAAGUCCUGUCUGGAAUGCCUGAAGUCAUACUGUGAAACUCAUGUAGAAACCCAUAAUGAACUUCAUGGUAAAAAUCACAAUGUGAUCGAUGCCACUGGCCAGCUACAGGAGAGGAUCUGCCCCCGUCAUAACAAGGUUGCUGACAUAUUCUGCCGCACUGACCAGAGUUGCAUCUGCUAUCUGUGUACAAUGGACGAUCAUAAAGGCCACGACACGAUCACGGCUACGGAAGAGUGGAAUCAGAAAAAGGAGGGGUUGGGGCAGAGCCAGAAGAGAUGCCAGCAGAUAAUCCAGUUGAAGGAGAAGGAGCUGCAGGAGCUGAGGAAGGCUGUGGAGACUCUCAAGUGUGGUGCACAGACAGCAGUGAAGGACAGUGUGAGGAUGUUUAUUGAUAUAACUCGCUCCAUGGAUCAAAGGCGCUCUGAGGUGACAGAGCUGAUCAGAGCUCAGGAGAAGGCUGAGGUGAGUCGGACUGAAGGACUCCUGAAGCGACUGGAGCAGGAGAUAGCUGAGCUGAAGAGGACAGAUGCUGAGAUGAAGCAGCUUUCACUGACAAAGGAUCCCAUCCACUUCCUCAAGAACAUUGGGUCUAUAGCUGGUGAUCCAUACAGUGAUGUGACCAGAAGGACCUUCAGCCAAAGCCAAUUCUUUAAGCCCCUGAAGGAUUCUGUGUCUGCUCUGAAGAUGCAGCUGGAGGAGAAGUUGGAUUCAAUCUUCAAGCGGGAAAUAGUCAAGAUAUCUGCAGCAGCAACUAAGGCACAGAUCACAACAAGAGAUGCUGCCCCAAGGAGGAGGAUUGGGAUGAAGAUGAGGAUGAGGAUGGGCCCGGCCCCUACUCCUGAACCAGUGACUGAUAGCCCGGCCCCUACUCCUGAACCAGUGCCUGUUAGCCCGGCUCCUACUGCUGAACCAGUGCCUGUUAGCCCGGCUCCUACUGCUGAACCAGUGCCUGUUAGCCCGGCUACUACUCCUGAACCAGUGACUGUUAGCCCGGCUACUACUCCUGAACCAGAGCCUGAUAGCCCGGCUCCUACUGCUGAACCAGUGCCUGUGACUGUUAGCCCGGCUCCUACUGCUGAACCUGAACAAGUGACUAGAGAGGACUUCUUAAAGUCUGGUGUCAAAUAUUAA